AACUAAGCCGAGACACAGCUCAACUUAGUGGAAAUGGAGGACCAGUGGUGAAAAGACAACAGACCAGCAGGGGAACGGAUGGAAAUCAAAGUAGAUGUGCAAUCUGAAGAUCUGAAUUCCACCCACAGUGAUGCAAGGCCUCUGAUUCAUGACAGGGAUCCCAAAAGAAUCAACAGGAGUCUUAAGGGUGGGGGUCAGGCCUCCAUUUUUACCAGGACGUCUGCAGCAGCUGUCCACUGGCAUGCCAGAGGGAGCGUCACAGUAGUGAUACAGGGGUUCAGAAGUGAACUGAGGCGUUUGAUCCAGGAAGGUUUACUCUUACCGUCUCCAGACCGUCCAGGACCUGCAGCCCCACCAUGGCGGAUCAGUACCAGUACAACACCAACGAGGAGAAGAUUGUGAAGGACAGCCACACCAAGGAGAUUGAUCUAAUUAACAGAGACCCCAAGCAGAUCAAUGAGGACGUGGUGAAGGUGGAGUUUGAGGAUGUCAUUGCAGAGCCUGAUGGUACACACAGCCUGGAUGGGGUGUGGAAGCUCAGCUACACCACCUUCACUGUGUCCAAGUACUGGUGCUAUCGCAUCUUGUCUGCUGUCUUCGGUAUCCCUGUUGCUCUGCUCUGGGGCUUCCUGUUUGCAUGCAUCUCCUUCUGCCACAUCUGGGCUGUGGUUCCCUGCAUCAAGAGCUGUCUGAUUGAGUCGCAGUGCAUCAACCGCAUCUACUCUCUCUGCAUCCAGACCUUCUGUGAUCCCUUUUUCGAAGCCCUGGGCAAGAUCUUCAGCAGUGUGCGCGUUGCAUUGCGCAAAGAAGUCUAAGAACUCACACAGUAGUGUUUGUAGUAUGAUUGGAUGAAGUGCGGUAUCUUUUUAUACACCAGAAGAUCAGUCCUGGCAUCUUACUUACUCCCUGAUACUCCUCCUCCUCCCUUCAUAACAUGCUGUUCCCCACCCUCCCACCCUCAAGCUCUCAGCUCUGAGUCCUGAAAUGCCGGUGUGCCUUUUGCCACCAGAAGCUCUGCGACAGCUGCAGCAGACAGCGUGGUUCCGGUUCUGGCACUCCUGGAGGGCUCAGUGCUCCUCACUGAGGGAGAAGAGGGCUGCCUGCCAUGAGGAGGACCUGUCUACCCUCAUUUAUUUGUAUCACUAAAAGCUCAGACAAUAGCUACUCAUUCACAACUAAUGAAAUUAACUCCCCAAAAUUGCUGCACCUGUGGACAAUGCUGUCUGUAUGCAUUACAUUUGGCCAUUCUUACAAGUUAUAUUGAUGCUGUAUGUUGCUGUGUCUGGUAUUGUUUAACUUUAUAUUGAUUGAUUUGAAUUUGACAAUCAUACAUGUAACCUUAUUAGAAAAGCUCUAACAAAAAGAAAGGAAUGGAAAAAAAUUCUCUAUUAUUAUUAUUUUGUCUGAUUUCUUUAUGUAUUCAAAAAAUCUAUUCUGAUAUGUUUCCCUCUUAAUUUGUGAUGAUUCCACAGUAUAACUAACAGACUUUUUGGAGACGUAAGAAAUAUGUUUUGAACCAACCAUGCAGAUAAUCUACUUCCUUUUAUCAUAGCAUCAUGAGUGGAAUAUUAAACCUACUUGUUUGCAUAUUUCAGUCAAAUAUGUGUAAACAAGUAUGGACCUAACUCCUGAUGGAGCAAAGUAAAAACCUCUUAAUGAGACCCAUUUUAAUAUUCCACUGUGUUCUUUUGAUUAUGUAGAAAAGUACAAUACCUUCGCUGCUAUUGUGCACCUUCAGUGUAGAAAGGCACAUUAUACAUGGGCUGAAAGUAAUUUAAAGAUACUUUGCAAGAGAUGAAACUGUCCUUAUAAUAAGUAUAUUUCACUGGUUCAGUGUUUGAUGGAAAGUAUAUUAUGUGUAUUAUUUCAAAUCAUUCUGAGAGGCUUAAAAAAUAAAUUUUUAAGAUUUGCCACACA